UGCCAAAAAGAUCCCCAAAAAAAGAAUAAAGGUACCAAAAAAGAAAGCUUUUGCAUUUACAAAAGAUCCCAAGAAGUAACCCUAAUAAUCUUAGAAAGAUCUGAUAAUACGCGCCGCUAUCAAGCAGAUCUGAGGCUGCAAAUCUCUGUCGAAUCGCUGCAUUCCAACUCUAUCAUCAACCCCCGAUUCAUAUCUAUCGAGUUCCGACCUAUCGGAGCCCUUUCCGGCACCCGAUUUCUGCCCAGAUGGAGAAUGCUGAAAAUGUUCUUCCACCAUCAAAAAAGAGGGCUGCCGGGAGGGAACUAUCACGGGAUAACCCCGGCCUUGAUGAUGAUGAUGAGACGACUGUGCAAGAGACUGGAACCUUUAAGAAGGCGAGUGAUGAGGUCAUGGCAAAUAGAAGGAUUGUGAAGGUGAGACGGCAUGCGACAUCAUCAGCUCCUGCUCCUUCUACAAAUCCAUUUGCUGGGAUACGUUUGGUUCCUCCUACUACUCCUUUAGUAUCCACAGAUAAAACAGAAGGUGUGAAAUUAGACAAGGUAGAAGAAAAACAUGAUGUGAGCGUGGAUUCCGUGGAGGUGAAAGGGGAUGGUGUUUUCCCAGUAUCAAGUGGACUCAACGGGAACAAGGAAUUCGAGGCGGUAAAAGAUGAUGCUAGCAAGGAUGCUGAAACUGAGAAAGUUGAGGUGGAUAAGGUAAUUGAUGUCGCAAAAGAUGAGGUGAACAAGGAAUCCGAGGAGGUAAAAGGCGAGGUAAACAAGGAAGUCGGGGUUGUAAAAUCUGAUUUAGACAAGGAAGCCGAGUGGGGAAAAACACAAUCAGAAAAUCAAACCAAGGAUCCCGAUAGAGUGGAUUCCACUGUUCACAAAAACAGCGCUGAGAUUGUAUCCGAGAAACUGGAAUCAGACGAGAAGAGUGAGGGAAAGAAUGAAAGUCGGAAAGAUACAGAAGGUGAGAAAACAGAGAACGAGGACGAAAAGGCCAAUGCCGGAAUCCCAUUUAGUUCAUUCCAACAGCUUUCUAGUACUCCAAAUGCUUUCACCGGAUUUGCUGGAACCGGAUUUUCCGGGUCAACUUUCUCAUUCGGAAGUAUUUCAAAAGAGGCGAAACUCGACCAACCCUCCUUUGGAGUUGGCGCCCCUUCCAAUAAUAAUGGAAACAAUUCCCUUUUUGGCGGGUCCGGUUUCCCAUCAAUGCAAGAAAGAAGUAUUGAAACAGGGGAGGAGAAUGAGGACGCCGUCUUCGCGGCCGAUUCCGCCCUUUUUGAAUUCAUCGGAGGGUGGAGAGAGCGCGGGAAGGGCGAGGUCAAGGUAAACGUCUCCACAGACGAAUCAAGAAAAGCCAGACUCGUCAUGAGAUCAAGAGGGAACUGCCGUUUGAUUCUGAAUGCCAAUCUCUUCCCUGAGAUGAAGCUGACAAACAUGGACAAAAAAGGCAUCACCUUCGCCUGCAUCAACAGUGCGUGUGAGACCAAAGACAAACUCGUCACCUAUGCCCUAAAAUUCAAAGACACAUCGGUUCUUGAGGAGUUUAGGGCUGCGGUGAUGGAGCAUAAGGGUUGUCCCGCUUCUACUCUAAAGACGCCCGAAAACUCGCCGGAUGCUUCCGAGGUGUAAAGGGCUCAAGGGGCACAACAUUGUGAGGUAUAUGGUGAUAAAAUACACAUCCACUUUCUUUAAUGCUUAUUAUAUAUAUUUUCAGUCUCUUCUCCUUUGUGGGAAGAAAGAAAGUUAAACACCAUUUUGAAGUGGAGGCUUUUGUAGUCUUAAGGAGUAAUAUUUGGGUCUUUUUGUUUCACCCUUUGUUGUUGUUGAGACACUGUAUUUCUGUUGGUGAAAAAUCUCUGAGAAUGUUACCGGACAGGUGAGAAUGGUUUGAAACUCUUCCCGGGCUACUUGAAAUAUAUUUGUAUUAAUUCU